AUGCCGUGGCAGCGUCGCGUCUAUACCGCUCUCCCAAAGGCGAUGGCCUCCAUCAAAGGCAUUAUCACUACAGGUACCUACCUACAUCCACACACAUGGAUGCAGCCGGCGGCCAAGCUGACAUGUGUUCGUUUCGGUGCGGUGUGAACACACAGAGGGUGGACGUAGAUGAGGCCAUCUCUGUCUGCAGUGUGACCCUCCCUCCAUCGCACCCGCAUGGGGAGAGCGUCGCGAUGCCAAUACGCAUACGCGUCGUCUGCACAGCGCAACGAGGCCACAUACCCAUUGUUGUAUGGCGGGAUCUCCCGUAUCGCACGCACCUCUUGAUGGGCAUCCUCGCCGUCACAGCGACUCUAGAUACUUGCGCAACCACGUGACCUCGAAAUCCACACAUAUCUCUCUAUGGCUGAGAGGACCCUGAGGCUCGGCCCAGGGCUCCACGGCCAUGCUCACCCCUACGGCACGCGCCUGUGGUUGGUGAAAACACCACAAUGGAUGCAACAGUCAGUCGGCCUCGUUUGAGCCUCAUCUCUCCUGUGCCAGCCGGCAUGGCAUCUGAACGAAACACCGCAAUCCGAUGAGAGUGUAUCAGGGACGGAUGAGAUGAGGAUGCAUCUUCACCUCGACGAGGUGGAUCUCAUCUCGUCGAUGCUCUCCGAAGCCAUACCUUGAGCCAUACGAGGGGGAGAUCUGCAUCCGUGCUCUUGCUGUCGAGACUGGGCCCCCUGCAUGCAAAGAGGUGGCGGACGAGGGGCUACAGGAACUCUCUGAAGGCGUACAACAGCCACUGCAGACGUUCGCAUUACUCUCGGUGAGCAGCCCGUGGCCCUAGUCGACCGAAGAAGAGAGGAGCUGGAGGCGCCUUUCGUGCAUCAUGGGAUGUGUUGCUGUGUGUUGUGUGUCGCAGGUUGCAUUGAAUGGACCGUUCUUCGCGUCACUUUUGACGUGCGCGUCAAACGUCACCUGACGGGCGCGGCAAGUCAGAGGAAAGGUGACUCCUCAAGCAAGAUGAAGGGAACGAUGCACUGACUGUCGCUGUGCUCCUUUGAGUACUGUCUGCAGCCCGCUCGUAUCUACCAUCGUACCAUCGUACCAUCCUAUCGUUCGUUCGGGAGCAAAGCAGCGAAGGUAACGACGCACACAGACACUGUCAGACAUACAGUCAGUCAGACAGACAGACAGACAGACAGACAGACACAGACGCUGAAUGAGGCCAUCUGUGUUGGUGGAUGCAGGUCUCGCUCGUCGGUCUGUUCGUUUGUUUGCUUCCCAAGGCUCUCACUCACUCACUCACUCAUUCGGUCACACACACUCUCAGGUAGCUAACACACGCACUCUCAGACAGCGAGAAAGGUUGGUUAUCGCUUCGCUGUUGCCGUCCUUGGUUGUUUGCAGUGAUGACCGUUCUUUCUUCUCGACGGGUGGCAGUGGGGAGACGCGCACGGUACUCUACAUCGGCACGCAGGCCUCGCCCGAGGGUGCCCUGGCCCAGCUGGAGAUGUUCCGUGAGGCCGCACGAGUUGCCAGAGUGACGCACGCCAUCGGCUUCAUCGUCGAGGCGGCAAUUGUGCACGACCCGCAAUACGAGCCACUCAUGAAGGCCAUCUUCUCGACACCGGCCGGCGAUCGGCGCUCAACCGUCAUCUUCGUGGAGGGGGCCGAUUUCACCCUGGGGGACAACCCGGUGGCCAUCAUCUUCCCCGCAGACUCCACCAACGCCGACAUCCAGGCCACGCACACGGCCGUGCUCAGCUUCGGCAACACCGGGCUCCUGCAGGCGCUCAUCUUCCACAACACGGUCAAGACCAAGAUACAGCUGCAGGCGCUGGGCAUCCACGGCCUGGACAUCGGCGUGGCCGUGACGGACGUGGCCGCCAUGCCGUACAUGCAAUCCAACCUGUCGCCCUGGGUGCGGCAGGCCGCCUCCAGCAUCCCCGAGCAGGCCGACUUCCACUUCUUCUUCACGACCCGCUCGUGUGUGCCGGGCACCGGGGAUCUUCCGGAUGUCAUGCAGGUGCAGGACAUCAGUGUGGCGUGCCCUCACCAGGUGAUGACGGCCAUCCGCGCAUUCGAGCGCACCUACAGCUACGGGUUCAUGAUCAACGGCAUGAACGAGUAAGCAAGCCAACAGACCGGGAGACAGACGGGGGAGGCAGGCAAAGUCACCAUGGUGACACAUCUCUCUCUCUCUCUCUCUCUGUGUGUGUGUGUGUGUGUGUGUGUGUCUAGGCCGAACGACUGUGCAGCCGUCCUGUGCUUCUCGACCCCCACCAAGCAGCAGCCGUCGUUCAUGGCCAUCCCGAUCGACGCACUGGCCAAGGGCCUCUUCACCAAGGACGCGCUGAUACGCAUGCUCCUGUGUAUCACCAUGAAGCAGUGGAGUCUGGAGGACGAGGACGGCACCGACACGCCCCUGAUGGUCAAGAGAUUCUACGGCAAGUUCCGCGCCAACGUCGAGCACCUCAUGACGCAGAUCGCAGCACUCAACUCGGCCCAAGAGGCCACGCUAGCGCUCAAACAUGGACUGCAGCGCACUCUGGACGGUCAGCGGCUGCACAUCGUGGCUGCAUCCAUCCAUGUGUGCACGCCUGUCUGCCUGGUGUGUGCGUGGUGUGCUCUGCAGCGUUGGACCACAUCACGGCCUACUCCAAGACCAAGACGGAGAGGGCCUGCAUCUUCGCCAACCGCUACUACACGGAUCUGGCUGCGGAGGCUGAGAGGAAGGGUCUCCGCGUCAAGAGUCUUGACUUCAUCCCUGACGUCUUCCAGCCGGAGGCCAAGAUGAAGGAGAUCGGCUACGAAGCGGCUCUCCGGGCGCUCAUGGACAAGUUCGACGUCACCGACUUCUCUAAGGUCGUAUCGCAGGUGAGAAACGGGCAAAGGGCACACACACUCGUCCCUAUGGAAGAUGGUUGGUGUGUGUGUUGAGCUUCCCAGAGGCCCUCCCGCCCAGUUGAGCAAGAUUACAGCAACUUCUUCAGCUUCACAAUGCGUGACGCUACGGUAGAGUUCGACGAGUUCAAAAUGGAAGGUACGAUACACCCGCACGCACACACAACGAGUGCCCACACCCACGCAUGCAGGAUGAGUCCACUGUGCGUGCGAUCGAUAGGUCAGAGGGUCAGCGGCCGCGUGGUGAUCGGCGUUGACGGCGUCAUGGUCUUCGGCAAGGAGCCCCCCCCCGACUUGUCGCUCUUGGCCGACGAGAAGGAGCGCGAUGACGCCAUGGCCCGUUUCCGCGCCCGCCAAGCCUCUGAGCUCCAGAAGAUCAUGGAGAUCCAGGAGCCCGAGAAGAAAUGGCCAAACGUCAAGGACGAAGAGGGUGCGUGCCGGCACCACACAAGAUGGCAUACCGAGUCGGUCCAAUGUGUACGUGUGUGGUGUGUGUGUGUGUAUGUGUGAAUCAGCCUUUGCUGCCUUUGCUGCGCUGUUGAGCAGCGGCCCCUACACGGAUCUGCAGACGACCCUCCCCAGUGCCGGUCCCCCGGCCGAACACGAUGACACUGCCGAUGAGGAUGACGUUCAGGGGAUCUGACUGACUGACUCACUCACUCACUCACCGACCGACUGGUGUAUAUAUGUGUUGUCUAGGUCUGUCCGCCCUUCUUUGCCUUUUGUUUCCUGUGUGACGCGUAUGUGCGAUGCCUGCCUGCCUGCCUGCCUGCGAUGAGUGCAUGCAUAUGUAGCUGUGGUGUAUAGGUCUGUCUGUCUGUCUGUCUACCUAUCUGGCUGUGGUAUCCGCCUCGAUUCGUGACCGCCACACCACACGCCCAAUCUGCGUGCUUGGUCUUGUCUGCUGUGCGUUCGGUCUUCCCUUCUCGCAUACCAGACAGAGACAGCCGCAUCUCAACACCUUCUUUUGCCUCAGUCGCACAUGCAGUGGCCCGUGAGCAACAACCAGCUUGCCUGCAUGGGAUGGAAUGACACGGGUGAGGGAUUUUACCGCAUUCAUCCUGUUGGCCAACCCGGUCUGCCGGCUGACAUGCAGUGAUAGACUGACUGGUGAUAUGCGGGCGUGGCGCUCUCUCCUCUCUGGUGCACAUGCACUCCUCUCUCUCUCUGCAUUGAUGCCACCUUACCGCUGCGCAUGUGUGAUGGUUGUGGUUGAUUUGUGGCAGCCAGCGAGCCAGACAGCGAAUCUUGCUUCAUGCAUGUGGGCAGCUGGCAUGUCAUGGCUCGUCUGCGUGUCUGUCUGUCUGUCCGUCUGGCCGCGUGGACGUACGUGUGUAUGCAUGCAAUUGGAAUGGCCGCCCACCCAUCUCGGUUUCAUGCUCGCACAUACGUAUCAGCGCCGUGUAUGAUUGCAGAGAGGCCAUCUUUUUUGAAGAACGGCGGUGUGUCUGACUGGUUGAAUUCGAAAGGAGGCUGCCUGUACGAUGGAGGUGUCGCAUUGGGGGCGCAAAACGACAGAGCAGUCUACACGGGUGUCUACCUGCCUUAAUCAUGGUGUACUCGUGCAGCGCUCGAUGGCCGACGCACUACACCUCGUGUAUAGCCACACAC